AAAGCCGAAACGGUAACUGGACCUACUUGUGGGAGAAAGGGCCGAGCGAACUACUAAGGAGGACAACGGCAAAGGAGCAUAGCGACGAUCCACCGUCUCGCGAGGAGACCCAGCAAACGGAACCUGAGGAUCUGGUGUUUAAUAGAGGUACAUGCUACAACGAAAGAAGGCUCCAUUUCCCUGUUACGGUUGUCGAGAGCGCACCUCCAUUUUGUGUGGCAUACGCUAAUGCAUUAACAUGAAUUCUUCAGACUGUUUACCUGCCGCUUUUCGACAAUGAGAAGUUCAUAAAGCAGUUUACAUAGUAAGAAGAAUAAGAACAUGGGGCGGCCAGAGAAAGGAAUUUAGGACACAGCUGCAAUAAUUUCCUCGACAGUAAUAAACACAAAGAGCUAUCCUCGCUUACUCAUUCUAAUUCAGCUCCAGUAGAUAAAACGAUAAAGGCAAAAGGAAUGAUAUCGCAAACGGAGGAGGGUUGGAGGGGAAACAAAUACCCGUAUUUAGCUGAAUCUAAGACGGGGUCCCCCCACGCCCAGCCAGUUAUUUCCUGUUAAAUAUAGAGGGGGUUGCUUUAAAUUCGGUUUCUUUCCUUUGGGUAAAUUCAACUUCUAUCUUUUAAGGUAUCGUCUAUUUGGGUAAAUAUGGUAUAGGGCGAUAUACAUGCCACACUUCUGUCAUUCGUGUGUUGAUGGCAACCAUACUUGCUUGACUGAAAAUAAUUCCCUGCUUCCAUUGGAAACUCUUCAACCUUAUCUUGGGAAGGUGAUGGUAAUUUGCCUGAAAGUUUUCUAGGAGGUUCAUGGAGAAUGGAAGAGGCCCAAAUGAAGAAGGUGCUAGUAAACGAAGGAAAGAAGACCAGUGGGAAAAUGAGCUGUGAUAAAGAAGAGAACUCAUCACUAGGCAGGAAGAUUUACUUGGAUUACAAUGCAACUACCCCACUGUCACCGGAAGUGAUUCAGACAGUUACAGAAGCCAUGCAUGAAGCAUGGGGCAAUCCCAGCAGUUCUUACAUAGAAGGUCAAAGGGCUAAACAGAUAAUAACAGAAGCUCGUGAAAGUCUUGCUAGAAUGGUAGGAGGACAGCUCCAGGACAUCAUCUUCACUUCUGGGGGGACAGAGGCAAACAACUUAGUGAUCAACACUGCUGUGAAACAUUUUAAGGAAAGCAACAAGCAGGAAUAUCAUGGGCCAGGAAAAGAUAAAAAGAAGACUCUGGGGACAUGUCCUCAUUUAAUUACAUCUUGCAUAGAACAUGAUUCAGUCCGUCUCCCUGUGGAGCACCUGGUGAAAGAACAUGAAGUUGAAGCCACUUUUGUCCCAGUGUCCAAAGCAACUGUACAGGUGGAAGUGGAUGAUAUUAUUUCAGCUGUCCGUCCAACUACAUGCCUGGUGUCCAUCAUGCUGGCCAAUAAUGAGACUGGGGUUAUCAUGCCCAUCUCAGAACUCAGUCAGCAGAUUCAAGCUCUCAAUCGGAAAAGAAUGGCAUCUGGGCUGCCGCGGAUUUUGGUACACACAGAUGCAGCACAGAUGAUUGGGAAGGGCCGAGUGGAUGUGCAAGAACUUGGAGUGGAUUACCUCACUAUUGUGGGUCACAAGUUCUAUGCUCCACGGAUUGGAGCUCUGUAUGUGCGAGGGCCUGGUAUCACCACUCCUCUCCAUCCCAUGCUGUUUGGAGGUGGGCAGGAACGGAACUUCCGUCCUGGUACUGAGAAUACACCGAUGAUUGCUGGCCUCGGCAAGGCAGCAGAGUUGGUGAACAAGUACUGUGAGGUUUACGAGGCUCACAUGAGGAAAGUUCGGGAUUAUCUGGAAGAGAGGCUUGAAGCUGUGUUUGAAGAACAAGGAAUCCAUUUUAACUGUCGACUGAAAGGCACUAGGCGACUCUGCAACACUUGUAAUUUUUCCAUACUAGGUUCAGGACUACAAGGUCGGCUGGUGCUGUCUCGCUGUAAGACUUUGCUUGCCAGUGUUGGUGCUGCAUGCCACUCCGAGGAGGUUGACCAGCCCUCCUCUAUCCUGCUUAGCAGUGGAAUUCCUUACAGUGUGGCACAGAACGCCUUGCGUCUCAGUGUGGGGCGCAGUACCAGCAAGGAAGAUGUGGACCUGAUUGUGGAAGAUCUGAAGCAGGCGGUGGCUCAGUUGCAAGAGACCAGAUUCUCAUAGACACCCACAACAAAGGGUUUGCUCACAAUCGGGAAGUGAGCUUACCCAGCCCUAAUUUCCUCUAGGUGCCACUGACAUUUACAAGCAUGAGUGUGAAUAACACCCCUAUUGGUCCCUU